AUGGAGAUGCUCAUGAUGGACGAGAAUAGAAUGGAUAUAAACUCCAAAAGCAGCGGGGGGAAAACUCAGCCUUUCAUGAGUGUGUUACAGAAUCGCCUAUUGAAAAUAGAAUUGAACAUUCUCAGGUACAUUCCCUCAGUACAUCAAUGGAAACAUUGCAAACAAGGGAAGGGCAGGAAAUAUUGGAUGAUGAAAACUAUUUACCGGACAACCAGAUUUAUCAGAUAUUGAUUGGUUGUCUGAUUUUAAAUUUCUCCCCACGAUUCCAAUGUUCUUCUUGCAGAUAUUUUUUAUGUAAACAGAUGUCACAAAUGGACAAAGAUCUUGGCAAUUUGUUAGAAAUUAUUCGACUAGAGCUGAUAGAGAAAGAUUCACCACACCAAAUUCCACCUUCUGCAGUACACAACAGGCUUUGUUCAUACUGCUUGUUCAUAUGUGGAAUAAAAAUCAGGUAAGAUUGUGGCAUGGUAGAUGCAAGAACGACAUUUCAUAUUUGGAUGCAACUGGAACAUGGUCGCGAAUCAUGGUGGAAAACGUCUUUUGUAUUAUGCAUUGGUAUGCCUAGACAAGUGAACACUGAUCAUUCUCGAGCAAUACUGCUGGCUGUACUUAGAGAAUUCAAUAACGAGACUAUGGUAGAUUUUUGGCAAGAACAUUCAGAAUCAUCAAUAGGAGAGAAUUGCAAACAGAUUUAAUGUUAAUUGUCAUUUCAUGCAUAUCGUUAACAGAAAGAUAAAGCAGAAGACCUUGUGAAAGAUGUAUGGUAUUGCUUAACAUGUAUUCUAUAUCUUUGCUUGUGAAUGCGAGAACUUUAUAUGAAUUUGAUGCAGUCUCUAAGAUGUUGCAAUUUGUUUAAGCAGUGAAAAACAAACAGCAUAUCGGUGAGUACCUGGGCUAAUUAAGAAUAUGGAUAAAGAUGACGUCAAUAAACUUAUAACAGACUAUACUUCAUUUUGCAAUCCUUUUAUCAAAUAUUUUGAGAAGAAGUUACAAGAUAUCAAGGAACGUGUUGUGCAAUAUUCAAUGCUGGCUGAUGACCCUGAAAAGACAAAUAGAAGUUAUUGCCCAACAUUCUUUUAAUUCAUUAAAAUGGAUAUUGCUGAAAUGCCAUUAUAUGGUCUGGCAUUUUACUUGGAAAACUGGAAAGGUUGAAAGCCUAUGUUUUUGUUCAUGAAAAUUAUGAUAGAAUCAGAAGACGCGAGUGAAGUUAUGCUGACCAUUUACAUAUCCAUUUGUUGCCACAAAAGAAAAGAAAAUAUCAAAACAAAACAAAACAUGAUGAAAGUGACAAGGUUAACUCCAGCGCUACAUCGGAAGAAAAGAGUUUUCACAAAGCUAAAGAAAACUGGCAAAAAAGAGAUCCGGAAACACUAACAUGUAAUCCCAAAAUUGGACAGUAUCAGCAAUCACCAACCAUACCUCUUAGUGAAACUCCAGAUUUAAAAAAAAAAAGCAAAGAAUAA